UUCACGUUCUCUUCCUUUAGCUUUGAAUAAUUCACGCAUGCGAGCCUUUGCCCAGCCGGGUCACCAGCUUGGGCAAGUGAUCGGAUGGACUAAUUGGGUCCAGCUCAGUACUGUAUGGGCUGGGUCAAACCCAGCUUAAAAAAAAAGACGCAGUUUUUUAUAUAAAUGGUUGUUAUGGCAGUUUUUUAUAAAAAUAUUUUUUUAUUUUUUAUUUAAUUUAGAAAUUUUUUGCAUAUUCAUUAUUAUUUUACUUUUCUAGUUUUCCUACUUAAAUGAAUUUUUCUCCUACUUUAUUUUCUAUUAAGUAUUAUUAUUCUUUUCUAUUUUUAUUUUUUUUGUUUUUCUAUUCAGUAUUAUUAAGAUAGAUUGUAAUGGCUUUUUGGUGUGAAGACUAUAUUAAUAAAAAUUAAAUAUUUUAAGUGUCUUUUCAUGAUUGGUUUUGAAAAUUUUAACUUAUAAAUAACCACAUUAUCCUUUAUUUUUUACUAUGUUGGGUAGGAAUAAGAACGCUAACCUAUGGCCUAUAAGAAGUAGAGGGUUAAGCUGAAUUGUUUUAUAAGGAAAUUGGUUUUCGAAAACCGGCAAUGUCGAGAAAUAUAAUUUUUUAAUAGUUUUUUUUAAAAAAAAAAUAAACAUUUAUAACCAUGAUUUGGGGUACUUUAGAUGGUGUUUGCCCGUCUUGCCUCUUGGAUGGAUUUCAUAAUCCUUCCAAUUGAUUGUUAGUUGAGCACUAGCACUAGUAGACAAUUUGCACGGUUUUCAAGCAUAUCGCUGUUGUUUGAAACUAGUAGACAAUUUGCACCGUUUCCAUGCAUAUCGCUGUUGUUUGAAACUACUACACAAUUUGCACCGUUUCCACUAAAAACGUUAUUUAACCGUUUGAAAUUGUUGGACUGGUAGCUGAUGAUUGCAAGAACUGUUUCCAUGCAUAUCGCUGUUGUUUGAAACUACAAAAUUGUCUUGGUAAUAACAGUACUAUAUAUAUAUAUAUAUAUAUAUAUAUGAUAGUUUGGAGUGAGUGUGAUAUAAAUGUACUUCGCUUGUUUGUAUAUAGACUUGCUAGCAUUAAUUAGGUGGGAAAUAGACUACAUAAGAGGCACUAUGGUGAGUUCAUCAGGAAUAAGGAAAGGUGCAUGGACCAGAGAGGAAGAUAUACUUCUAAGGGAUUGCGUUGAGAAAUAUGGUGAAGGAAGAUGGCAUCAAGUUUCUUCCAAAGCAGGCUUGAAUAGAUGCAGGAAAAGCUGCAGGUUGAGGUGGUUGAGUUAUCUCAAGCCAGGUAUCAAGAGAGGACAGUAUUCUGAGGACGAAGAAGACUUGAUUAUCAAGCUACACAGGUUGCUUGGCAAUAGGUGGUCAUUGAUUGCUGGUAGACUUCCAGGAAGAACAGCAAAUGAUUUAAAGAAUUAUUGGAACACAAACCUGAGUAAGAAGGUGGUUUCUGGCACCAGAGAAGCUCAAACAAAACCAGAACCAAAAGCAAUAACAAAAGCCAACAUAAUAAAGCCUCGACCUCAUAAAUUCAAAAGUUUAUGCUGGUUACGAGGAAAAGGUAUUCCAUUUUUCAAUGGUGGUUUUCAAUAUGGGUACGAUCUUUGUAAGCCAUGGUCUACAUCAGCAUUGUCCCCUUCCGAUAUUAUUGAAGUUGAAAGUAUGCGGUGGGAAAGCUUGUUAGAUGACAAAGAAAUUAGUGUAUCGAGCAACACCGGAUGUCUACGUUCGGGGUCAGAAUCUGACCAAGAGCCCAUCAAAAGUCUUUUUGCAGAGGACAGCGCUCCAGAAGGGAUGAGAAUUGGAGACGUGUUCUGUGAACAAGGACAGCAUUGUUGGAGUGGCAAUUCUUUUGAUGCAGCAGACCUUUGGAAUUUAGUCAAUACUUGAAAUAAGUUAGUUUGUAUUGUUGUAAUAUUUGGUGCCAAACUAAUGAAGUGCAAAUCUAAAAUGGUGGGGGUGUUUACUGUUUA